AUUAAUGUACUUAUGUCAAAAGUUAAUAACAUGAAUUUUUAAAGCUAUUUUUGUACAUAAUCAUUUCAAUUUUGUAUGUUAUAAUCUCCUUUAUGGAAGCGUGAUAUGGGAGCAGAUAGUGAUAUUCUAGCAGCCAUAGCAAAUGGAAUAUUAUUCUUAGAGACCUCAGCAGGUCUCUCACGAUUUGAAGAAAAAAAUUGGACACAUCCUGGUGUUCAUGCUAAUUUUCUUUUUCACAGUGUUUUAGGAGUACUAUACCACAGUAAAAUUCUCGAUGUCGACUUCACAUCCGGCUAUGCGAUCAGCAUUAAAGCGACCAGAUACUUGGCGCUGCCAUGUCUUAUGGCAGAUUUGUAUUCCAACAAGAAGGAAAUAGCGACAAUACAUCUGGUUUCCGGAGUAGUCCCCUUUGUCCUGGCGUUGUCUGGUCACGACAACCCUCACUUGGGGAAUGUGGUGGUGGCUGGGAAUAUCUUGUCGCUGUGUUACUAUAGCUACGAAAGGGAACGCCCUUGGGGAUGGUAUACGGCUGGCGUGGCACUGUUGACGUAUUUCGGGGUGUCCACCCUGCCUCCAGAUACAGCCAAAAUUGUAUAUCCCCUGGGUCUAGCCGGGCUUGGCUACUGCGCCUAUAGACUCUCUUGCACCGUGGGCACCGCCACGCCUCCGCCGCCGACGCCGCCUCCACGGAGGCGUUGAAAUAUUUUUUUAUGAAUAUUUUGUAGCGAAUUUUAUUUUUUGAAUGUAGCCAGCUUUCGGUAAAGGCUCAUAAAUAAAAUGUUUUUUUUUAAUUAAAUUUA